GGGCUGCCUCCAGAAGAGCGCGCUGUGCCCGGAAGGCCCGGGGCCGCGGAGGAGGCCGAGCUGGAGCUGGAGGAGGAGGGGGAGGAAGCGGAGCUGGACGGAGACCUGCUGGAGGAGGAGGAGCUGGAGGAGGAGGGCGAGGAGGAGGACCGGCCGUCGCUGCUGCUGCUGGCGCCGCCCGUGGCCGCCACCUCUCAGACCCCGCCGACCCCAGGCGGGUCCCUGGGCUCGGUGCUGCUGCCCACCGCCGCCUUCGAUGCCCGGGAGGCGGCUGCGGCGGCGGGGGUGCUCUACGGAGGGGACGAUGCCCAGGGCAUGAUGGCGGCGAUGCUGUCCCACGCCUACGGCCCCGGCAGCUGCGGGGCGGCGGCGGCCGCCUUGAACGGGGAGCAGGCGGCCCUGCUCCGGAGGAAGAGCGUCAACACCACCGAGUGCGUCCCGGUGCCCAGCUCCGAGCAUGUCGCCGAGAUUGUCGGUCGCCAGGGUUGUAAGAUUAAAGCACUGAGGGCCAAGACAAACACGUACAUCAAGACACCUGUUCGUGGUGAAGAGCCCGUUUUCGUUGUCACUGGGCGAAAAGAAGAUGUCGCCAUGGCCAAAAGGGAGAUCCUCUCAGCUGCGGAGCACUUCUCCAUGAUCCGAGCCUCUCGAAACAAAAACGGCCCCACCCUCGGGGGCCUGUCCUGCAGCCCGAACCUGCCGGGUCAAACCACGGUGCAAGUCCGAGUCCCGUACCGUGUGGUUGGACUCGUGGUGGGACCCAAAGGAGCAACGAUUAAAAGGAUUCAGCAGCAGACCCACACGUACAUAGUGACUCCGAGCAGAGAUAAGGAGCCCGUCUUUGAAGUGACAGGGAUGCCCGAAAACGUCGACCGAGCCCGGGAAGAAAUAGAAAUGCAUAUUGCCAUGCGCACAGGAAACUACAUCGAGCUCAACGAAGAGAAUGAUUUUCAUUACAACGGCACCGACGUCAGCUUUGAAGGCGGCACUCUUGGCUCUGCGUGGCUCUCUUCCAACCCAGUUCCGCCCAGCCGUGCGAGAAUGAUAUCCAACUACCGCAACGAUAGCUCCAGUUCUCUGGGAAGUGGGUCCACAGAUUCCUACUUCGGAAGCAGUCGGCUCGCCGACUUCAGCCCCACAAGCCCAUUCAGCACAGGAAACUUCUGGUUUGGUGAUACACUACCAUCCGUGGGCUCCGAAGAUCUGGCCGUUGACUCGCCAGCCUUUGACUCUUUACCAACAUCCGCUCAAACCAUCUGGACUCCAUUUGAACCAGUUAACCCCCUCUCCAGCUUUGGGGGUGAUCCUUCUGGUAACACGAAGCCUCAGCGCAGAGGAAGCCAGCCAUCUACUCCGCGUCUGUCUCCUACAUUUCCCGAGAGCAUGGAGCACCCGCUUGCUCGGAGGGUUAGGAGCGACCCGCCAAGUACAGGCAAUCAUGUGGGCCUUCCCAUGUACAUACCUGCUUUUUCUAAUGGUACCAACAGUUACUCCUCUUCCAAUGGCGGUUCCACCUCCAGCUCACCUCCAGAAUCAAGAAGAAAGCACGACUGUGUGAUUUGCUUUGAGAAUGAAGUUAUUGCUGCCCUAGUUCCGUGCGGCCACAACCUCUUCUGCAUGGAAUGUGCCAACAAGAUCUGUGGAAAGAGAACGCCAUCAUGUCCAGUUUGCCAGACAGCUGUUACUCAGGCAAUCCAAAUUCACUCUUAACUAUAUAUAUAUACAUAAAUACUAUAUCUCUAUAUGGACUCGUAAAGGCAUGGGUAUAAUGGUACCCCCCAGUAAACUUCCUAAUGAAUUCUUAUGACUGUUAUCAGGCUUUAUUGGGAUUAGGCUAAAGUUGUUAGUAAACUUAUAAAAGGCUGCUAUGGUGACACUAAACCUAAGUGGUCUCUUGUCUAUUAGUUCGGUUUGAAUUCUUCAUACUAUCCUGUAGACCCAGAGACAUAGCUUGUGUAAGGUGCUCAAGCUGACAUUCACCUUGGCUGAGUGAAGAUCAUCAUAGGCUGUGGGGGCCUAUGAGACCAGUGCGUGCUUCUAACGAAGAGUUCAAAAUGAGGGGUCCCAAAGCCUUGCCACAUUAAAGUUUGUGGAGGGUACUUGGCAUUACAAACAAUCCAGACACUUCCAGUGCUGCCUUCUUUACACUGCCAGUUUUGACAAAACAGGUUUGUUUGUGUUUUUAUUUUACAACAACUUAUGCCUAAUUCUGCAGGAUUGCAAGUAACUUUUUAAAUGCAUUGUGAUUACUAAAUUGGUUCCGAUUAGGGUUGAUGGCAGUUAACUCGAUCACUGGUUUCUGAUUUGGGGACAAGCACUGCUCCAUUGACCUUCAUCUCACCCAGAGCACCCAAGGGUAGCAGGGAUCCGUGAAUCAGGAAGGCAGUUGUCUCGAUUGUGAAUUUUUACCCAUCACCUCCCUUGGGCGAGGUGGAACAGCCACCCGUGAUAUCCCCCAGUCGGGAGAGGCUGUGGGGUAUACCUAUUUUUGGUUAUAAUA